UACUCAUGCAUUCAACGUUCGGUCUGUUUGAAAGCAGCCGUGUCGAAGCCCUUCCACCGACUAACGGACUAACACAACCACCCUCACGAAUAAGGGAUGUUGCGAUAGAAACCGGAGAACUCUCUACCCACAUCCAGUUUGAAUUUUCUGUGCGUGUUUCCUGUCGCCGGAUUAUUAAUUGGAGGUGUUAAAUGUGAGAUGUGUUCUCCUAAGUGUAUGGUGAACGUUCUUUAUUCAUCUGUUGAUUUCUGUGAUUGAACACCUUGGAUUACCUAUUUGGAUUUCACGGAAGUGUAGUAAUCGUGAAAAUGUUUCGUAUUAGUGUUGACCGGUGCGCUUCCACAAGGAUUACGCUAUCUGCGAUUGUGUUCUUGUUGUUUGUGCAGUUUUUCUCUAUUGGAUAUACAGCAAAUAUAGAGGAUGAAACAUCAUCCGAGCAAAUCAAAGACACACAGGAAGGGGAGGAUGUAACCCUAGAAUGCCGAUUUUCUCCCCAAACAUCAAGGGAGACACUCACCUACUACUGGGCAAAGAAUAACAAGCAAACUCACGACAACGUAGCUAUUGGCGAUGUUCCGUUAGAUAAUAAUUAUAGAUUGAAUUACUACCCAGAGAGAGGAAUUUACGACCUUUUGAUUUCCAACGCUAGCUAUGAUAGAGAUAACGGAAAAUUUGAAUGCAAAGUGAAAGCUGGCGGAUCGGGAACCAAUUUACACGCACAGAAGUACAGCUUGACUGUAUUGACGAUACCGCAGACACCUGAAAUAGCACCUGGAUCUCAUGUUACUGUCACCGAAGGAAAACGCCAAGAGUUGACUUGUGCAAGCAAAGGGGGUUCCCCUGACCCCCAAGUCAAAUGGUACAGAGAAGGUUCUCUCUAUCCUCUUGAGGCUUCUUUGAAAAAUGGUGGCUCACGAGAUCAACCAACUACUGCCACUCUUCUUGUAGUACCUACGAAAGAAGAUGAUGGUGCUGUAUUCAAAUGCGAGGUCUGGAAUAGAGCAUUGAAGUCCGACAAGAAACUUGUUUCUACCGUAACUGUCAAUGUCAAUUAUUUUCCAAGGGUAGAAGUAGGACCUGAAAACCCUUUAAGAGUUGAGAGAGACUCGCAAACAUCUAUGCAAUGUUCAGUUGAUGCAAAACCCCAAGUUGGCAGUGUGAGAUGGAUCAGAAAUGGAAGGGCAAUUAGCUCUUCUUUGAACCAUACUAUUCAUAGGGUGAGCAUUCAGGAUGCUGGAAAGUACACAUGUAGUGCAGACAAUGGAUUGGGAAAAGUGGGCGAAAAAGAAAUCAUCCUUGAUGUUCUUUAUGGUCCUAUAGUGACUUUAGAAGCGAAAACAAAAGAAGCAGAAGAAGACGAACCUGUCCACAUCCAGUGUAAUGUAACUGCUAAUCCAAGUCCUGUUACUAUAGAAUGGGUCAAAGAUGGCAAACCAGAUUUCCGUCAAGUUGGAGAUGUUCUUAGGUUAGGAAGAGUAAGAGCAGAAGACUCUGGAACCUACAUAUGCAGGGCUGUGAAUGUGAUUGCUCCUAGUGCAUCUUCAGGUAGAAGGUCUGAAAAAAUAGGAAAUGCGUCUAUUGCAUUACUGAUAAGACAUAAACCAGGUCGAGCCAGAAUAAUGCCUGAUAAACCUGUAGCAACCGAAGGGUCCAGUGUAACAUUAACUUGUACAGCUUCGCCACCUGGUUGGCCAGCACCCCAAUAUAGGUGGUUCAGAAUCGAAAGCAAUGGACAACCAACUAUUCUCGCUAUGGGAACCAAAUACACCAUAUCAAACGCUAAUUUAAACACAGAAGGAGUAUAUAACUGUCAAGCUACAAACGAAUUGGGACCAGGGGAAUUAGCUUCAGUUAAUCUGGAAGUCCACCAAGCACCAAGUUUCAAAUACAAACUGAAACUUCUCGAAACCAAACGAGUUGGCGAUGAAAAUUUCAAUGUCACCUGCAGUGCUAAAGGAAAACCCAAACCAUUGGUUAGAUGGCUUAAAGACAAUGAAGAGCUAACAGCGGAUGUCAAUAUGUAUGAAGUUAAAACUGACUACAUGGUAUCUACAAAUGGAGCUUAUAAUGUUGAAAGCACUCUUAAAUUCAAUGGUAAAGCCAGACCUGGAAGCAAUCAGUUGCUUCCAAGUGACAGGGGAACCUAUAAGUGUGUAAUGGAGAAUGAAGUGAAGCGUUCUGAAUCUGCAAUGAUGCUUAAGAUUGAACAUAAGCCUAUCAUACUACAUCAGUACAAUAAAGUUGCUUAUGACAUUGGUGAGACAGCUGAGGUAACAUGCAAAGUACAAGCAUAUCCUAAGCCAGAAUUCAAGUGGUUCUAUGAGCACAAUGUUUCCCCCCUGCAUUCCUCAUCUGAAGGACAUUAUGUUGUUCGUACUAAUGGAGACAACAGCGAUAUUUAUAUAAGUACUUUGAGGAUAUCUAAUAUAAAAAAACAGGAUUACGGUGAUUAUAACUGCCAAAUUGUAAACAGUUUGGGACCUAUAGAUUCGAGAAUUAAAUUACAACCUAAAGGACCUCCAGAAAAACCUACUAAAUUAACGUCUCUUCAUACUGGUCACAAUUUUGUAACACUGAAUUGGGAUGCAGGUUUCAAUGGAGGUAUUUCUAAUACCAAAUACUUUGUGUCCUACAAAAAGAUCAAUGGCGAAGAAGAAAUGAUGAUUGAAGGAUGUGGAAUGGUACCAAGGGCUAGUGAUUGGUCUGAAAUCGACUGCCAACAAAAUAAUCCUUGUAAUAUAUCUCAUUUGGAACAACAUCAACACUACCUAUUUAAGGUAAAAGCCUUAAACACCAAAGGGCACAGCGAUAAUUCACAAGAACUUCGAAUUUCUACACGUGUGGACAAAUUACCUGGACCACAAAGAGUUGCCUAUGAACCAGUAUCUCAUACUCUCUCUAUUAAUAUUCCUCCAACUUGCCUUCCUUUGGUUGCCAUUGUUGAACUGAUCAGUACUGAGUCAAGACCUAACACAAUAUGGCAACAAGUUGACAUAAUUCCGUUGCAAGUUUCGGGAAUCGCUCCUACUUAUAAAGAAAUGAAUUUGGAUCACAUUACUAAAAAAUCAUCAGGAAGAGGAGCUUUAGUAGACGAACCGAUUGGUGUGGAUGACUAUAACCCUCAGAUAAGAGUGAAACUCUGCCUAGAAUCUCACCCUGAUCAUUGUGGGCAAUCUGUUGAUGCAGAAUUGGGCUCUGCAUAUAUACGAGAAGCAUCUGUCCUAGCGACUCCAACCCUUAUUGCCAUCGUAAUUUCGUGCAUUGUUUUUGUUCUUUUUGUUGGACUACUGCUUCUUUUCUGUCGCUGUAAGCGAAAUCAAACGAAAAAAUCGGAAUCCAAAGAUUAUGAAACUGAUUCUGUUAGACCGACUAUCGUUUCUCAACAAAAUCAAGCUCCUCCUCCAUAUUAUCCUUCAUCUGGAAUGGACAACAAGGCUUUAGAACAUUCUUUGGACCUGGCUCUUGCAAUGGAAGAUUCUAAAACGGCCCUUUACGCCACUCAAAAUGGUUAUGGUUAUCAUGUGCAGAACUCUGAUUCUCAAAGGCAAAAUAUCAAUAAUGCCGAUUGGGGUAACAUGGCAUACAUAGAAAACAGUUAUUCAAACUCAAACAAUGGAGGAAGUGUCAAUUCGCAGGAUUCAUUAUGGCAAAUGAAAAUGGCCGCUGCUUCUUCCAAUUCAACCAGCCAACUUCAGCAUCACAUGGAUGUUAACCGACAGAACUCAUACGGUUAUGAUCCAAUUGCUCAUGGGGGUUAUGGAGCAGUUGAAGAUUAUGCCCCCUAUCCACAUAUCACAACUCAGAGUAAUCAUGGAGAUGAUUACAUGAGGAGCAGCAAUAAUCCUUCCAGGCAAGAUUACUGUAGCGAUCCCUAUGCAUCUGUACAUAAACCAAAGAAACGAAUGGAUCAACAUAUUGAUUCGCCUUAUCAUGAUGUCAGUGGAUUGCCAGAUCCCUACUUGGAGCCAAUGGAAGAUGAAAAACCUCCCCAACACAUGUCACUAAAUUAUGAAGAAAGUUUAGAGAGUGGAUAUUCUACACCAAAUUCGCGAACACGCAGGGUCAUCCGGGAAAUAAUUGUCUAAUCAUACGUUUUGAAAUCAUUUUCAUGUCACUACACCAUCUAAUAUUGCAGUUUAGAAUAUCUCUUGCAUCCAAAUGUUGUUUUCAUGCAUUUGUAAUUGAUUGAUAAUGCAUCACAUAUUUCACAUUUACUAAUAUUUCUGUAAUUUAUUUGUACCUGACAUUGGAAACUUAUCACUAUUAUUUGAAUCGUUGUGUACACAAGUGACUUUUAUAUGACUGAACAAUUUUCUAUUAGACUAUUAUGUCAUGCCAUUUUGAACGGUGUUUCAUUCAGUUUGAACUGAAACUCUACAGAAGAAAUUGUAUUAAAAUGUGAUUAUGUCUGCAAUAAGUAUUGUUGUGCUAUAAUGUUGUUUAUUUUACGUUUAUAUUGACAAUUUUAUUACUUUUCGAAAAACAUUUUUGAUUAGAACUGAUUAUUCUUCUUAGUUCUAUCAAAAAUGUGAAAUUUUCAAUUAAUUUGAAAUGUGCCAAAGAAAAGUAAUAUAAUAAUCAUAUUUUAUGUGUAACGAUGUACUUAACAUUAAAAUAGUUUUGUUGUAUGUUGUAAGGUAUAUUUUUGUAAAAAUAUCAGUGGCGUUUGCAAAUUCCAGAAACUGUAUUUAAAACUGAACUGAAAUUGUAUUUCCCCUUGAUUCAAUCAUAUUUUGCUGGUUGAAUCAAUCAAGGAAGUCCAAAUUUAUUUAUUGGUCCAAUAUUAUUGGAUAUUUUUAAAUAAUGCUUGUAGAAGAAUAAAAUCUUGAUCUAGCUUGUAUUUUAAAAAGAGGAGCAUAAAUAUUGCUAAUUAUUUCACAAUUCAAUUUUUGCUCAAAAUCUUCAGUUCAACAGUGAUCUCAAAUAAAGAUAUAGCUAUAUAUCUACAAGGACUAAAAUUUUAUUCUUCUGUUAAAAAUGAAUGGUGUGUUGUAUAUUCUUUUGUAUAUAUAGGAACCACUUUGAUCUGUGAAUGUUCAAGCAUCUAUAUGUAAGAAUUCUAUACUCAAAUUUUUUAAUUGUACAUAAAUAUAAUUUUUAUUUGUAUUGAUUUUUUGUAAAUAAAUGUCCACUCAGUUUUGUAAAGAA